AUGGCCACUGAGAUUUCCAGCAAGAGAAAGCAGGUCGCUGACGGUGUUUUCUUCGCCGAGCUCAACGAGUUCUUCACCCGCGAGCUUUCCGAGGAGGGAUACUCCGGUGUCGAGGUCCGCUCUGCCCCCACCAAGACCGAGAUUGUCAUCCGUGCUACUCACACCCAGGACGUCCUCGGACCCCACGGACGUCGUGUCCGUGAGCUCACCUCGCUCAUCCAGAAGCGUUUCAAGAUCCGUGAGGGCGGUGUUGUCAUCUAUGCCGAGAAGGUCCAGCAGCGUGGUCUGUCGGCUAUUGCCCAGGCUGAGUCUCUCAAGUUCAAGCUCCUCAACGGUCUUGCCGUCCGUCGGGCGUGCUACGGUGUCCUCCGAUACAUCAUGGAGUCUGGCGCCAAGGGUGCUGAGGUUGUCGUCUCCGGCAAGCUGAGAGCCGCCCGUGCCAAGAGCAUGAAGUUCACCGACGGAUUCAUGAUCCAUUCCGGUCAGCCCGCUCGUGACUUCAUCGACACCGCCACCCGUCACGUUCUCCUCCGCCAGGGUGUCUUGGGUGUCAAGGUCAAGAUCAUGCUUGGCUCCGACCCCGAGGGCAAGCUCGGACCCAGCAAGACCCUUCCCGACGCCGUCACCAUCAUCGAGCCCAAGGACGACAGCUCUGCUCCUCUCGAGCCCCACAGCAUCAACUACAUUGCUAAGGCCGCCAAGGAGGAGGCUGAGGUUGCUGCUGUUCCUGAGGCCGAGGUCCAGCCUACUGCCGAGUAA